AUGGUCGAAGGAGACGACUCCGAUGAUCUCAUACCGGUUCCAGCAGCGACACACUGGCCUCCACCUGAAACGGACGAGCUUUCCGGACUGGUGAUGAACAUCGUCUUGCCCUCUGCACCCGGAUCACGGAAGUUUCCCAUCAUGGUGUACAUCCACGGAGGUUCCUUACCGUAUGGUGGUGCCAAUCUACCGAUCUUCGAUAGCGUCAACCUUGUUACGCAGAGCAUUGAAACCGGAAUGCCCAUCGUAUACGUCAAUUUCAACUAUCGGAUUGGAUUUGGUGGGUUCUUGGCUAGUGCAGUAAUUGCAGAAGAGCUGCAGCGAGAUGGCCAUCAAGGCUGCGGGAACUUCGGGUUCAGCAGUCGGAGUCGGCCGGGAGAGGUCAACAUCCCUUCACCAUGCAGUACAAAGGGGCUGUUUAUUGAUCGCACGUUUGCUGGUAGCGAACGACCAACUCGAUCCAAGUAUUACCGACCAUCUGCUAAGGACCCCACUUCACUGGGCAGCGGGCAACGGGAAUUUAGAAAUGGUCAACCUUCUUCUCAGUAG